CCUGAACCUAACCCAUUUCAUUGUUUUCUCGAUACCUCUACUGCUGCGCUCCAUGGCUGCCGCUGCUGCGCUGCUUUGUUCUUCGAUUUGUUACUCUAAAUUCUUCAUCUUUCGGUCGCUGCCUUGAGUGCUAUCCCUCUCCGCUCCCCAUCGUUCCAACGCCAGCUCCUCCUCUUGUUGUCGGCGUCUCUGCUCCUCCUCGGCUGUCUUCCUCUUCUCUUGACCCACCAUGCUUUCCUACGUGUGCUUUUGUUGCAUUCUCUUCGAUUUAUUUCUCUUCUUUUUCACAAAUCCUAUAGACUCAACAUGCUACCCCAACGAAACUGAAUCAAGCCGCGCUCUUCUCCCUCGCUGCUGCCAAUUUGUAAGACCAGUCUCCAUGGGUGCUUGACUCUCCCUUCCUCCUACCUAAAUCAGCGACAGCUACAUGCCCAAUUUCCUCCUGGACAGAAUCAGCUACUUGCUCUUGGAACCUGCCCAACCUGGUAUCAAUAGCCACCGCCGCCGUCAACCGAAGGUUGCAUUGAUACCACGCCUUUUACUUCGCUGCAUUGAUACUCCGAUCUCGAGGAAGCAGAUAAAUGAGUGUCCUCCCCGCUGCGGUAAUAGCAAGCCGUUUCGUAAAAUUCGUAAAUCGUUCGAGGACAAUUAUGAUGUUUUCUUAAGCGUCCCCGUUGUUUAUCGUUUGGAGCAAGGCCAGCCGAAUCAGCAGGCAAGCCACAGAAUGGAUCCUCUCCUAAGGUGCAUCCUUCUGGCUCCAGAUGCUCGGCCUCAGGAGCGUGGUGAGCAGUGUGUCGGGAAUGCAGACCGACAUAAGGAGGUUGUCGGACGCCUUAGCUCGACAUGAUGCGGUGGUUUUGGAGCUAAG